AUGAGUUUCCAACCACUUAACCCCCGCCCGUUCCUCCAGGCUCGCGUCGGCACCGAAGUCCUUAUCCGCCUCAAGUGGGGCCAAACCGAAUACAAGGGUACUCUUGAGAGCAUUGAUUCAUACAUGAACGUGCUGCUGCGCAACACAGAGGAAUUCAUUGAUGGGAAGCCCACCGGCGCACUUGGUCUUGUUCUGAUUCGAUGCAACAAUAUCCUCUAUAUGGGUUCGAACGAGAGUGUGGAGAUGACGGAUAUGGCCUACAAAUAA